AUGAAGCUGCACUUCAGCAUCCCCGCCACUGAGGAGCUGCGGGAGGGGCGAGGGGGCCGCUAUGUGCUCUACUCCCUGUUCCUGGAGGGCUUCCUGCUCGGCAAGGCUCGGUACCGCCAGCUGCACCACUGGGAUGAGCAGCUGAGGCAGGUUUUUGGGAGCACUGUGCCUGCUUUCCCUCCAAAGUUUUACCUGGCGAUGACCAAGUCGAUGGCAGAUGAGAGACGGUCUCAGCUGGAGCAGUACCUUCAGAACGUUACUUUGGAUGCAAACAUUACCAAGAGUGAUGUCUUCAUAAACUUUUUCCGAAAGCUACAGCUGGCUACAUUUAAGAUCCAAACCCAGAGAGCAUUUCUGGAUGUUUACCUUGCUGAUGGCAGCAAUAUUACUCUUGAUAUCCAGACAUCAGACACUGCAGAAAGAAUAUUACAGGUUAUGUCAUGCAAGAUGGGGUUAGCAAGAGAAUUAAUAAAAUACUUCACCUUCUUUUUCAUUCAAGAUCGUGAUGAUGGAGCCCUGUCUGUGGUGAAAAAAGUGGCAGAAUUUGAACUUCCUUAUGUAAGUCUUCAGAGCAUGAAAGAGUUGGACUGUAAGCUUGGGAUCAGAAAGUGGUAUAUGGAUCCUUCUCUUGAUGCGCUGCUGACAGAUUGUAAAGCUUCAAUGAAUUUGCUAUAUAUGCAGGCAAUCCAGGAAGUUAAGAGGAAUUGGGUUAAACCAACAGAAGGGCAGAUGCAAGAGCUUGAAUUUCUACGAAAAAAUGCAAACAAAGCAAAGUUCCUGGAGAAGAUCCGAGACGUGCAGUUCUAUGGAUAUGUACGGCUUGAUCCUUGCAUUUGUGACUAUCCAGAAGUAGGCUGCUCAGCUGAAAUCUAUGCAGGAAAUAAUGAGAUAAACUGUUGCAUAAAAUUGCCCACUAACCAAACCAAAGAGGUCAGCUUUAAAAUCAACAGGUUGAGAAGUUGGCAGGUUACUUUUCUUGGUGAAGAAGACACUCUGGAGUUCAGAUUUGAGUACAAUGAUUCAGGCACAUGGGAGUGGAUAAUUUUGUACACAAAGCAGGCCUUCCUGCUCAGCAGCUGCUUGAAGAAAAUGAUAUUGGAACAGAUGAUGAAAGAAACCAACAAAGUCCCAGAAAUGGAGUCUGAAAUGCUUGAAUCCAUGAAAAAUAGUAAGAAAUCCAGCAUCCAACAGAAACAGGUAGUCCAUUCGAGUUUUAUAUCAAGGAAAAGAUUUUUGGUUAGGCCAAAUGAAGAGGACUGUGUAUUUGAGAAAAUAAGAGAAGAGGACCUGUGA